AUGGUAAGUGGAACGGGCCCAGCACCGAAUCAGGCCGACACUGUAGCAUUCUGGCGCGGCCUGUGGUCAGAGCCCAUAAACCACAGCGAGGGCCCUUGGACGGAGGUUGUGGCGAGUCAGUAUGCGAGUAUAACGCCCAUGGACCCCGUCAUCAUAACGCCGGAUGACGUAGCUGAGGCGGUCCGUAGGGCCCCGAACUGGAAAAGUCCGGGACUCGACGGGCUGCAUCACUACUGGCUGAAGGGGUUUGUGGUGUGUCACACUGUGCUCGCCCGACAGUUCCAAGAGGCACUCAACCAGAAGUCGCUUCCGGGCCUCUUCACUACUGGGAUCACGCAUUUGGUUCCUAAAGACCAGAGUGAUCAGAAGAGGCUCUAUAAAUCAUUGGAGCGACCAGAGGUAUGUGGAGCGGGCCCAUGGCUGGAUCAGGCUAACACUCUCGUAUUUUGGCGUGGCCUGUGGUCAGAGCCCUUAAACCACAGCGAGGGCCCUUGGACGGAAGUUGUGGCGAGUCAGUGUGAGAGUAUUACGCCUAUCGACCCUGUCAUGAUAACGCUGGAUGACGUAGCUGAGGCGGUCCGUAGAGCCCCGAACUGGAAAAAUCCGGGACUCGACGGGCUGCGUCACUACUAG